AUGGACAUUCCAAAAGAACCACUGCUACCCGAUCUUAACAUUCGCCUGGAGGAUCCUACCUUGGAACCUCAUUCCCCGGUACCAAGUAUGCAAACGCCAUCGUUGAUAGCAGCUACCAAUUCGGAAAAUGAGCUGGCAGAAUCAAUAACUAUGCCCUCCACUCCUGAAGUCGUUGCCACCUCCGAGGCCCGAUCCUCUUCCAACAAGCGUAAAUGGGAAUCUGACCCUUUAAAUCCGGAAGUCAUUAGCAUCUCGAAUGCUCCAGCCUCUACCUCUAAGAAUCAAGAGGAUGCUGGUUCUCCCCGCUUAGUCAAAGAGAAGAUUCGAUCCGUUGCCGUUAUCAUGCAGGAAACGUUGAAAAGUGCUUCCCCUCGACGUUCCCAACGGCUAAAAUCCUCAGGCAAGGAUCUGGAAGCACAGCCCUCCGGUGAUACAUUGCCAAUCAAAAAUCUCUCGAAACCAGGAGAACUCCCGACCAGUGAAGUUUUGCCAGAAUUUUUCAACGUUUAUGACUGGAAUUACGUCAAAAGCAGCUCGCCAGGUGAAUCCAACGCUGAACCAGAAGAAGGUUCACUUAGAGGGUUUCUUGAAUUCUUGAAUAAUAAAUGCAAAUAUCCGAUAAACCAGGAUGAGGAUCGCUUUUUCUGGAUUCCGAGAGUCAAAGCCAGAGUGGUUCUGACAAAGUAUCAAAAACUCAAAUUUGACUUCGAAAAUCUAUCACCGCCGCAGAGAGCCCAGACACUACGUGACAUUACGUUGAAACUUUCAAAUGAAAAAUUAGACCUUGAUAAGUAUCCUGUCUUCUCCAAUUUACACAGCAAGUUGGAAGCCGGCCUUAAGUCACAGCUGCGAUCAGACGCAGACCCCUUGGUGCUCGGAAGGAUCACAUCAAUUAUCUCGCAUGUCAAACAGUUAAACAAAAUUGCAACAUUCUUAAUGAUCACUUAUCUUUCAUUGUUCAAGGAGCACCCCAGCGAUCACCUGAACACCGAGUUGGUCAUGUCACUCUUGUCUUUCCUUGAUGGAUUCUGGUUUGAUAUUAUAAAUCCAGAAAAGAGUAAAUCCAUGCUCAAAGAUCACCCUCCGCUGAAGAAUUUUUGGAACAAGAGUUUAAGCUACUGA